GGCGGCGGCGGCGGCAUCCCCGGCCCCCGGCGCAGCACAGCGCCUUUGCAGACGGGACCAUGACCACUCACGUCACGCUGGAGGAUGCCUUGUCCAACGUGGACCUGCUGGAGGAGUUGCCCCUGCCUGACCAGCAGCCAUGCAUCGAACCACCCCCAUCUUCCAUCAUGUACCAGGCUAAUUUUGACACCAACUUUGAAGACCGAAACGCCUUUGUGACCGGCAUCGCCAGGUACAUCGAGCAGGCGACAGUGCACUCUAGCAUGAAUGAAAUGCUGGAGGAAGGACACGAAUAUGCCGUGAUGCUUUACACGUGGAGGAGCUGCUCCAGGGCCAUACCCCAGGUGAAAUGCAAUGAGCAGCCCAACCGGGUGGAGAUCUACGAGAAGACGGUGGAAGUGCUGGAGCCAGAGGUCACCAAACUGAUGAAGUUCAUGUAUUUCCAGCGCAAAGCCAUCGAGCGGUUCUGCAGCGAGGUGAAGCGCCUGUGCCACGCAGAGAGGAGGAAGGACUUUGUGUCCGAGGCCUAUCUGCUCACGCUGGGGAAGUUCAUCAACAUGUUCGCCGUGCUGGACGAGCUGAAGAACAUGAAGUGCAGCGUCAAGAACGACCACUCUGCCUACAAAAGGGCAGCCCAGUUUCUGCGGAAGAUGGCCGAUCCCCAGUCCAUCCAGGAGUCCCAAAACCUCUCCAUGUUCCUGGCGAACCACAACCGCAUCACGCAGUGCUUGCAUCAGCAGCUGGAAGUGAUCCCGGGCUACGAGGAGCUGCUGGCGGAUAUUGUCAACAUCUGUGUGGAUUACUACGAAAACAAGAUGUACCUGACCCCCAGCGAGAAGCACAUGCUCCUGAAGGUGAUGGGGUUUGGUCUGUAUCUGAUGGAUGGCAACGUCAGUAAUAUUUACAAACUGGAUGCCAAGAAGAGAAUCAACCUCAGCAAGAUCGACAAGUUCUUCAAGCAGCUGCAGGUGGUCCCUUUAUUCGGCGAUAUGCAGAUAGAACUGGCCAGAUACAUUAAGACCAGUGCUCACUAUGAGGAGAACAAAUCCAAGUGGACCUGCACCCAGAGCAGCAUCAGUCCCCAGUACAACAUCUGUGAGCAAAUGGUCCAGAUCCGUGAUGACCACAUCCGCUUCAUUUCGGAGCUGGCUCGCUACAGCAACAGCGAGGUGGUCACUGGCUCAGGACUGGACAGCCAGAAAUCAGAUGAGGAAUACAGGGAGCUCUUUGACCUGGCCUUGCGGGGGCUGCAGCUGCUCUCCAAGUGGAGCGCCCAUGUCAUGGAGGUGUACUCCUGGAAGCUGGUUCAUCCCACGGAUAAGUUCUGUAACAAGGAUUGCCCGGGCACCGCGGAGGAGUAUGAGAGAGCCACCCGCUACAACUACACCAGCGAGGAGAAGUUUGCCUUUGUGGAGGUCAUUGCCAUGAUCAAGGGCCUGCAAGUGCUGAUGGGCCGGAUGGAGAGCGUCUUUAACCAGGCCAUCCGAAACACCAUCUACGCCGCGCUGCAGGACUUUGCCCAGGUGACGCUGCGUGAGCCGCUCCGUCAGGCCGUCAGGAAGAAGAAGAACGUCCUGAUCAGCGUCCUUCAGGCCAUUCGGAAGACAAUUUGUGACUGGGAGGGAGGCCGCGAGCCCCCGAACGACCCCUGCCUGAGAGGCGAGAAGGACCCCAAGGGCGGAUUUGAUAUUAAGGUCCCGCGGCGAGCGGUAGGGCCGUCGAGCACGCAGCUGUACAUGGUCCGGACCAUGCUGGAGUCGCUGAUCGCAGACAAAAGCGGCUCAAAGAAGACGCUGAGGAGCAGCCUGGAUGGGCCCAUUGUGCUGGCCAUCGAGGAGUUUCACAAGCAGUCCUUCUUCUUCACACACCUGCUUAACAUCAGUGAAGCCCUGCAGCAGUGCUGCGACCUGUCCCAGCUCUGGUUCCGCGAGUUCUUCCUGGAGCUGACCAUGGGCCGCCGCAUCCAGUUUCCCAUUGAGAUGUCUAUGCCGUGGAUACUCACGGACCACAUCCUGGAAACCAAAGAACCCUCCAUGAUGGAAUACGUCCUCUACCCCUUAGACCUGUACAACGACAGCGCCUAUUACGCCUUGACCAAGUUCAAAAAGCAGUUCCUGUACGAUGAGAUUGAAGCUGAAGUGAACUUGUGUUUUGACCAGUUUGUGUACAAGCUGGCGGAUCAGAUCUUUGCCUAUUACAAAGCCAUGGCCGGCAGUGUCUUAUUGGAUAAGCGCUUCCGGGCAGAGUGUAAGAAUUACGGCGUGAUUAUUCCUUACCCGCCAUCCAACCGCUACGAGACGUUGCUCAAACAGAGACACGUCCAGCUGCUAGGGAGGUCAAUUGACCUGAACAGGCUUAUUACCCAGCGCAUCUCAGCUGCCAUGUACAAGUCGUUAGACCAGGCUAUCAGCCGCUUUGAGAGUGAGGACCUGACAUCCAUCGUGGAACUGGAGUGGCUUUUGGAGAUCAAUCGCCUGACCCACCGGCUGCUAUGCAAACACAUGACUUUGGACAGCUUCGACGCCAUGUUUCGGGAGGCCAAUCACAAUGUCUCCGCGCCAUACGGACGCAUCACCCUGCACGUCUUCUGGGAGCUGAACUUUGACUUCCUGCCCAACUAUUGCUACAACGGAUCCACCAACAGGUUUGUACGGACAGCAAUACCCUUCACCCAGGAGCCGCAGCGGGACAAGCCAGCCAACGUCCAGCCCUAUUACCUCUACGGAUCAAAGCCUCUCAACAUUGCCUACAGCCACAUCUACAGCUCCUACCGCAACUUUGUGGGGCCGCCUCACUUCAAGACGAUCUGCCGGCUCCUGGGUUAUCAAGGGAUCGCCGUCGUCAUGGAGGAGUUGCUGAAGAUUGUCAAGAGCCUGUUACAAGGUACCAUCCUGCAGUACGUGAAAACGUUGAUAGAAGUGAUGCCCAAGAUAUGCCGCUUGCCAAGACAUGAAUAUGGAUCUCCAGGUAUCUUGGAGUUCUUCCAUCACCAGCUGAAGGACAUCAUUGAGUACGCAGAGCUGAAGACCGAUGUCUUCCAAAGCCUUAGGGAAGUGGGCAACGCUAUUCUGUUCUGUCUUCUCAUUGAGCAGGCCCUGUCCCAGGAAGAAGUUUGUGAUUUGCUGCAUGCUGCUCCCUUCCAAAAUAUUUUGCCCAGGGUCUACAUCAAAGAAGGAGAACGCUUGGAGGUACGCAUGAAGCGUCUCGAAGCCAAGUACGCCCCACUUCACCUGGUUCCCUUAAUAGAGAGGCUGGGAACUCCUCAGCAAAUAGCCAUUGCUCGGGAGGGCGACUUGCUGACCAAGGAGCGGCUGUGCUGCGGGCUGUCCAUGUUCGAGGUGAUCCUGACGCGCAUCCGGAGCUACCUGCAGGACCCGAUCUGGCGCGGGCCCCCGCCGACCAACGGGGUGAUGCACGUGGAUGAGUGCGUGGAGUUUCACCGCCUCUGGAGCGCCAUGCAGUUCGUCUACUGCAUCCCCGUGGGCACCAACGAGUUCACGGCAGAGCAGUGCUUUGGAGACGGUCUGAAUUGGGCGGGCUGCUCCAUCAUCGUGCUCCUCGGACAGCAGCGACGCUUCGACCUCUUCGACUUCUGCUACCACCUGCUGAAAGUGCAGAGGCAGGACGGCAAGGACGAAAUCAUAAAGAACGUGCCCCUAAAGAAGAUGGCUGACCGCAUCAGGAAGUACCAGAUCCUGAACAAUGAGAUUUUUGCCAUCCUGAACAAGUACAUGAAGUCAGUGGAAACAGACAGCUCCACCGUCGAGCACGUGCGUUGCUUCCAGCCCCCCAUCCACCAGUCCCUGGCCACCACCUGCUAAGCGGCAAGUGCGAGCACGGACACGAAACCCUUUGGGUUGGGAGGUGACAAGAAGCUGGACUUAGCGGAGUGGAUUUGGCAACGCAACUAGACUGGACGUACCCAAGACACACAAGGACGCAUCAUCCUGCCUGGCCCUGUCUGAGUGCAUGUUCUUCUGUGACAUCCCUGUGAUUGGUUUUACUUGUAGCUUAAAAGAGGGGAUGCGGGGGAGGGAGGUUUAGGGCAAAAUGUGCUUUUUUUUCCAUGAAGUGUCAGUGUUUUCCAGAACACAAAACCUCGGGGGCCGUAGGAAAGUCCCGGGCACGGGGUGGCAGUCGGAGGAGCCGCGUGUUCUCAGCACGCUGGAAGUCCUCCCCCAAAGUGGACAGCGAGGGGCCACACAGAGCUCCCGUCAUCUUGCGAGAGGGGGGCCACAUGUCAGGACAAUUUGGAGAGAGGCGUAAAAGGCAGCAUAGCAAGUUGUCUGGCCAAAGAAAGGUUGAUGUUGAGCUGGAUUGCAAGCUCCCUGUCCACCUAGGGCUGGAGAUAUACCCCCACUCGUUGUGAUACAGCCCAGGCCCUCCUAGAUUCGGUCUCUUUGUUAAGGGGAUUUUAUGACAGGUGUGUUCCAAAAUAGCAAAGAUAGGAAGGCUGAAUGGUGCUUUUCAGUGUUAGCUGGAAGACAAAAUCAUGACGUGGUGCUUUUCUAUUGUGUUUCAUCCUCCUACAGCUAAUUGCAAAGAGUGAGCCAUGAUUGCUCUUAAUGAGUCAGUGCUAUGCCGUGCUGAUCUGGGUAUGCUACUGCAUACUGAAAAAUCAGUGAUCCCAAGAGCAACCACAGCUGUCUCCAGAAUGUCCCAAAGCUUCAGGUUUUUUUAGCCCAGUCUCCAAAAUCCUCAUUCUGGAAUGAGCUGAAAUCUGCAGCUCACGUACGUUCCUGAGUGCCGUUUCUCUGUUCGCGGUGAGCUCGCCGUGGCACAUCUGCCGACAGACGGGCCCACGGGGGAUGGAGAAUGGCAGCAGAGUUCAUGCAGACCCUUGCGCACAGGGGAGAGAUGGUCUUUUAGCAAGAGAAGCAGCAAACAAAGGUAGUGCUCAGAGGCUUUGGCUUGGGAAAUACAGAUUCUGUUUCCUUCCCUCUCCCUGGUGUCCAAGAUUUUCCAAAGUAGAAAAGUUAGUAGCAGCUUCAAGGAGAAUUUCACCCUUUUCCACCCUACCCUGUGUCAGCAUGACCGCAGCGAUGUGCAGGGUGAGCCAAGAGCUCGCCUCUACUUGCGUCUUCCUGCAACGCCCCCCUUGUACGUCGCUGAAGCGUCCCCAGCAUUACAUAGAGAUUCAGAGGUGAUGGGAGACCGUGCACGUGUAGGGUUGCCAAUUCUGAAUCUAUCCCGGGGGGUUUCAUCACAUGACGUAAUGACAUUAAUGACUGAGCUAUUUGCGUAGAUCGGUUAUGGAUCACGGUGCGUGGGAGGAGAAUGCACAUGGCUAUUACAUUUAAAAAACCCACUGUAUACAUCAGAUUCAACAUUUAAUAUUUAUUUUAAUGAAUGCCUUCUCUUCCUUCUGGACAAAUGUCAUGUCAUAAGUAUGCUGUCAUUUAUUUCCUGGGUGACUCUCAGCAGUCUCCUGGGGAUUUAUAUCUAAUUCCUGGAGACUCCAGGGAAAGCCUGGAGGGUUGGCAACCCAUUCCACAUGCCUCUCUGUUAAACCACCUCAGUCUCAUGCCCCAGCCCUGAGAAAGGUUUCAUUUUUUCUUGCCAGUAGUCAGGUCAAGUAAGACCCAUGCUGGGAGGUAACAGAGAUGUGUUAAUAGACCUGCAUCGCAACCUGACCCAUGCUUUCAGACAGCACAAUCCAGUGCUGUCACAGGGAGUUAGGGAGCUAGAGACAGGGAGAAUACAUAACCAUAGAAAGAGGUUAGCAGAACGUGGAAUCGGGCACGUUUGUGCUAUGAAAUAACGGGGCUACGAUCCUACUGAGAUCCUAAAUUGGGUUUUUGGUGACCUCAAUAGUUGGAGGUUUGUGAUUCUGCUGAAUGACAAGCACUGGCCCAAUUUUGGCAGUCAGAUCAGUCUCUGGGCACAACGCAAGGAAAUACCCAACUGUGUUUGUCAUGUCACAAAGUGUUGGGGCUGUGCUGGAAAAUACCAGGAGUAAGAAAGUCAUGCUUAAGAAUGAGAUAUACCCCAUGACCCUGUGUCAGCCACCUAGACACUACUGGAUGUACUGCACUAGUAGGUAAAUGCCAGUUCAAAAGUUUAGGCUUUUGAAGGAGUCAUGAUACAUUCACAUAUGCAUACAUGUUGCCUUGAAGUGUAAUAUUCUUUGAUGUAAUCUGGGGGCGUGAAGUCCUGUGAGGUCUAUCAGCACAACUGGAUGAACUGAAAUGCAAUGCCUAAAACAGAGAUUUGCUGAUAUGGGGUGGUGAGCGUGACGGUAGAAAGCACCCUCCAGGCUUGUACAAGGGUCAACAUUUUUUAGCAGGAAACCCAAAUCAUGUGUGCCAAGUGAGGAGUGGGGUUGUUGGGAUGGUUGUGCGCAUUUGCUGCGGGGGAUAUGCAGAUGUGUUGGUCAAAUGGUUCAGGAAGUUGGUUUCCGAGAUCAGUGACGCUACCUUGUUCAUACAACUUGACUUUCACCCCAAGGACAGUAGUACAGCUCGGCUUCGGUGCUCAAGCCCCCCUUGACUGAACAUGAAGGAGGACACAGACCACUCGGUGAAGUGGUCAGCCUCUUCCCUUUUGGCUUAUUUAUUUGAAUCUAAUCAUUUUCAGUGGAAAAAAGGUGCAUGCUGGUAGCCGUCAUAGUAGCUCAUCAUGGGAACAGGUUGUGACGGGACGUGGGAAAUUCUCCGUUGGGAGUCCUUCAAUGAAGGCCAGAGGUCUUCUUGAGGGAAAUCAUGUAGUUCAAGCACAAGCUGUUGUUGAACCUGGUGCAGGACUCCUGGGGUGAAAUGUUCAGGUCCGGGUCACGUAGGAGGUCAGACAAAAUGAUUGUUACAGCCCUUUCUGGCCUUAAAAUGUGUGACUCUUAGUAUUUGCAAUGCACAGACCUGUCCCGUGGUCUUCAGCAGCCCCAUAGAAAGGGGAAUCGAACCAAUUCAGAUCCUGCAUGCAGUGGUGUGUUUUUUCCCCUGACAACACAUGCUAGGAGCAUUGAACAACACACUAGUCCUUAUUUCCCCCUGUAUGAAUCCAGUUCAAUGGGCUUAGGUGUGCUGGCAACCCGGAGCAGAACUUUGUUUUUAAAAAAUUUAAAAGAAAAUGUUGAGAAAAAAAUAAUUAUCUUGUCAAAUGUAUCAUAUUUGUAUGAAGAGCUGCUUGGGGGUUUUUGUACAAUGAAUUUACAUUUAUUUAUGGUGAGGUAUAUUUAUGCUCGUGGUCAAACCUGGUGUUAAAUUUUGUAAUCAUAUUUGCUAUGCAGCUUAAGAUGAUCUUUUGGUUUUGUAUUUUUUUUUUUGGUGAUUGUUCCGACUUUGGGUUAACAGAAGCUUCCAUCUCCGUUCAGGCGCUUCUGUAAUGAUCAAGCAUCUGGUACGUGGUGAUAUGUCCUGUAAUACAGCAACCACCAGUGUGCACAAGCAAAUGUGGGAUGAAUUCUGUGAUGAUGAAAAAUAAAAAGCUGGGCUCACUGAGGAAGUGGGCAGAUCUUUC